UUGUUCAGUCUAGUUUGCGACGUUUCCUAUAGCGCAUCUAAAAUUUAUACUCCCAACGGUUUUACAUUUUUAAACAGAAAAAUUCAAAAUACUUUUUUGUACUAACAUCCUUGAUUGAAUAGUGCGUUAAAGCAGUAGUGAAAUUCUUCGACACAUAAACGGAAAAAACAAAUAAAUAUUAAAAAUGUCUCACUCAGUAACAAUUACGAGGACUACAACCAGUACCACCAACACCUCAUACAUUGUACUUAACACUGGAUACAUGAAAUCGGCGCCAGGAAUGCUUAAACUUUUACAGCUCAUUAUUGGUGCAGUAUGUGUUGGGAUUUUUGCCUAUUACUAUAACAUGUACGGCGGCAUCCUUAAUUCUUCGAUAUACCUUUUCUUCUUUCUGAUGGUGACGACGUUUAUGAUUGGAACGUUUUGUCUUUUACUAGCGUGCCUUACUUCACUGAGCACAGGUGGAAUAAUUGCGAAAACAAUCUACGAACUUAUAUAUCACUGUAUCGCUGGUAUUUUGCUGUUGGUAGCUUCCAUAUUGAUACUGAUCGAUUUGACCGAUUCGAGAUAUAAGAACUACAGACAACACGAUAUGUACAUGGCAGCAGCUGUAAUGGGUCUUGCAAAUAGUAUUUUGUACUUCAUAAGCACAUAUUUGGCACAUAAAUCAUACCGUGGAAUAUAAGCUGCAGGUCUACAGAUACUAAUAAGGCGGUGAAAAGCAUUUUAUUUUUCAUUUAAGAGCCAAUAAAUCAAAAAGUUUUUUGAGAACACCGCAUAAAUUAAAAUUGAGUAGAUUUUUGAAUGCUCCUUUAAUUACUAUUUAUUUAGCCAUGUAAGAGAUUUCAAAGUGUUCUAAAUACCAAAAGAAUGAAAAUAAAAAAAAAAAUAACACAUAAACUUAUGAUAAAAAUAUGUCGAAUACUCCAUUAAUUUAAUAUUUUUUGUAAUAAAUAUUUUGCUAAAAAUAAAAUAAAAA